AUGGCUUCUCCUCCAACAUUAGCUCCAUCCACUAAGGAGACGACUAAUUAUGCUAGAUUAUGUCGCCUUUUAGUAGAUGGAGGCACCAAGGCGUUGAGGUACACCUUUGACAAAUUCCACUCCCCAGCAAAUCUGUUUAAUGUUUUGAAAGCUGGUUCUGCAGAGCAUUUAACUCUGCAAUCUCUUAAAAAGAAGAAAAUCAUCAAUGCCACACAGUGGGGUAAGCUUUAUCCCUCUCCUCCUUGGUCCGUAACAUCAGAAGACUUUGACAUCACGCUGCUGAUGGUGCUUCUGAGGAAUAUCUGUGGCCGGGCUGCUCCUGCCACGGGAUGGGACAGCCUUCCAUCUGCUUCGGACACGAGUGUUGAGGCUAACAUUGUCAGGGUGAAGUUUUAUAGGAACUCGGUCUAUGGUCAUGCCAUCCAGGCGUCUGUGGACGAUCCAACAUUUAAUACCUUGUGGCAGUAUAUAAGUGCCGCACUGGUUGCCCUGGGUGUAGAUAUAGCCGCUAUCAAUAAACUGCAGACAGAGAGCAUGGAUCAAGAAAGAGAAGGCCAUUACCGCGAGUUGCUAAGAGACUGGAGGAAAGACGAAGAUAGCGUCAAGGACAAACUAGAUAAAAUGGAAGGUAUGAAUUCAAAGUGGACAGACUGCAAAUUAUAGUAGUUGCUAAGAAAUAUAUAUCUACGUGUCGCAACUGUUCAUCAGUAGGAUUCCUAAAAUGCGUGCAAUUCCACAAUUGGUUUCGGCUCCAUUAAAUCCUUUACCAAUUGCAGAACAUUUUAGGAGGAGCCACCCACCAUGUGAACACAGUCACGGACAACACAUAUAAGUGAGGGAAAUAACGCAAAGUAAAAUUAAGACGUUAAUUAACGAACUGAAUGUACACGUCAAUUAAAUAAAUAAACAAGUAAUGCGCGCCCUCAAAAUAAAACUGUACACGCAGACACACCAAGAUACGACUGAAAUACGACUCCAAGCAGUAAAUAAUUAAUGUAAGGAUACGAUGGUGCAAUUCAAGCCUGGAUUCCUAAUCUCAUCUCCGCAGGGCUGUACCACACUUCUCGACGAUAAGACCAUGGCGACUGAAGAAUUUAUUGUUGUAAAGCAUCUUGGAAUUAAAUAGGUCUUUUUUACUGUGUUAUUGUUUCUCUGCUUAUUUCUUAUAGUAACUGGUAUGGUUUCCUGGUUUUCCAGUUAAAUAGGGUCUGGUUGGGGAUGAAACAAUAGCUAAAAAUUGGCCGGACAAAACUCACUAACUUCUCAGCGCAACCAAAACUCGCCGCGCGAAAUUUGUGUCGCUCCGAUAAAAUAUUAGCUUCGUAGACGUCGUUAAUAUUUGCGUUCGGAAGUAUAAAAAAACACCUGAACCCUCGAUUGAAGGGGGCGAGCAUUGAGGUUCGAUUCUGUGAAAUCAAAAUUUAUUGUGUCCCUUAGGGCCAGUUAUUAAGUGCCUAAUUUGAUUAUCCUUCCAUUUUUCUCUUAAGGUGCAAUUCAAGAGGGCCUCAAAGGAAUCAAAAGUGAAUUAGGAUUCGUCAGUAAGAAGUUAGAGACUUUUCAAAUAUAUCCAGCCGAACAUGAAGGUCAGUCCAGAUUAGUUAUUCGCCCAUACGCAUUCGAUAAAAACGGUCAUGAAAACCAUUAUGAAAACGCUCUCCAGAUUGUUAAUUUUACAAAACGCCCAUUUUCUGUCCUUGUGUAAGCGGAUGAAAACAAAGAUUUUAGAAAACGAUGAUGUACUCUUUUUUAUCCAUCGCUAGAUACAAUAGCCUGCGAAAGCAGCCAUUUCUCCUCGUUCCUCGCCGCUUGUAGACGUUCUGCGAGGAGAAAAGUCUGGGACCCAGCGAAAGAAAUUCCAUACUGAUGACGUAAAUCAAUGUUUACAUAAUAAUAGUCAUGGGGUUCCAAAUUCAAAUUUGUUCAAUUUUACGUUUCUCCUGGUCGAUUUUGGGAAAGUGUUGUGUUCAUCUGCGAAGGAGCUCCAGCAAAACGCAAAUGGUUCUUCUAGGGAGGAAUAUAUUCCACAAAUAUUGACUGUUUUGUUAUAGAUUCAUCGCGUUUACAUUUGGCCUUUGUAGCCUUUUGCCUUUUGUCCGUCAUUCGUCAACAGUAGCUAAAACAAUGCAACUAGUCCGUCGUCCAAUCACCGCUUAUGACCGGGUUCUGGACAGAUUUUACGUCAUCAGCAUGGAAUUUCUGUCCCUGAGUCGCAGACGUUCCCCCUUGCGAAACGUCACCUGUGACGAGGAGCGAGGAGAAACAGUUGUUUUCGCAGGCUAGAGAUACAGUGAUGUUCCACACCACCACUUGGCCCCUUGGUUAAGGCUAAUGGGAUGUUUUAAGUUAAUUCUUUUGCGUUAACUGUUCAAGCUUAUUAAGUCGGAAAACAGGCCACCACCACUUUUAGUCGCGUGAUAGAGUGACGUGCAAAAGGUAGCCAAUACACAGCGUGAAAAAAUUGCCUCUUCCGAGAACACACUGUUUGAAGGACUUUUAUUUGGAUUUAUAGUCAGUACUUGAACCCUUAAAUUGGCAAGGUAUGGAUAUUUUCUCUUAUUGGAUCACUUCAAUGAAAUCGUGACUUCCUUUUCUGAAUGGCUAAAAUCGCGGAAAAUUAAAAGCUUGUUAAAAUCCUUUGCAAGCCUGGUGAAUUUAGUAAACUUGCUAUAGAAUACUAUUUUGUCUUAUGGGGUAAAUCUUCCGCGCUUACCAAGCCUUUCAGCUUAACAAUAGUUUUUUAGUUCGUGAACGUCAUUCUGAUAAGAUUGCAACUAAAAAUUUUUAAUUAUUUUAUAAUUAUCUUUAGAUCUUCUACACACCUACCCUGCCGACCAUUGCGCCUUGUGCAAAAAAGUGUGUUUAUUGGUCGCGAUCGAGAAUCGCACUAGCAUCCAUUUCAUUUCUUAAUUUAUAACCACCCAGUUUUGCAUACUCUGAGACGGGAAGCAAUGAAAAUGUUGAGGUUUAGGAAAUGGACGCGCGAAAAAAAUCUCGUAGUUUCCCUAGGAAUCGAGGAAAAUAUGCACAGGCAGGGAAACGAGUCGUCAACUUAUUUUUUUAUUAUUUUUUUUUAUUUUUUUAAAUAAUUGUUUUAUUUAAAUCACACUGUUAAAGUUACAAAGAGAUACAUAAUGACGUACUAAGGAAUUGAAAAAAGUUAAAAAAAACAAACAAAACAAAAGGGACGAGACGAAUGUAACUUACAAUUGACAUUGACUAUAUAACUAAAUAGAGUUAAUCAAUCACAAUUUUUCUAACUGGUACUUAAAUUCUAUUUGUUUGGCAAAGUCUGAGAUAGUGAGCUCUUUGUUAUGAAGUUUACCGGAAUAAAUGUAAAAUCUCAUAAAUAACAGAGUGUAGUUUAAUUUUGCUGUACGUCGGCCAUUGUUGAGUAGAUUUUCGGAAUGUCCAAAUAAAUAUUCUUUCAAUGAACGAAGUAAGUUGGAAUUAUUCUUAGAGUUAAACCACCUAAAUACACUUUCCCUAAACGACUGUGUGAAUUGGCAGUUAAUGAAGGUGUGGUCCACGGAAUCCUCUUCGCUACAAAAUAAACAAUCACUAUCCUGUUUAAUUCCAAAACGAAACAAUUCUUUUUUGGUGACAACAAUCCUAUGUAAAAACUUAAAUUGAAAUUCUCUUAGCUUGUUCUCUUUGGAGAUCUUUCUCGCUAAUUUGAGGAAUGUUUGCCAUUCAUUUAAUUCUGUGUUAAGGGUUUUUUUUCCAUUUCUGUGGCCAAGUUGGCAGUGGUGUAGAGUUCCGCUGAUUUAAAAUCCAAUAGAACUCUUUAGUUUUAGCUUUGUCUAAAUUGAGCUCGUGACCAUUUAACAGCUGGAAUAAUGGAGAUUUUCCAGAUGAACGUUUUUUUAAAAUUUCGUCCAGGUUUCUUGCUUAGAACAGAACAUACUUAGGGAUGGCACUCAAAACUUGACAAAAAUUCAGGAAAUUCGUUUUACAAAUAUAUUUUCUUUGAAACUCCUCAUACGCAAGAAAUUGUCCAUUCUCCUGUAGGAGAUCCUUUAUUGAAAUAAUUCAUUUUGUAAAGCAUUCCCUUAUAAAGAAAGGUUUUCCAUCUAUUAAAAUUUCUUUGUUGUUAAACAAAAUAUGUCCUGUUCAUCCUUUUGUUUAAGUUGACGUUUUAUUUGGACGAAGAACGACAUUAUAAUAAUCUCUAUGAAAAAUAGGUAGUUUUGGGUCUAGAUACCUUGGAUCGUAGUUGCAUCUUAACAAAAAGUUGAGAUCUCCCAGUUUUCGAAAAAAAAUGGUCAGGUAUUGAUUUCCAGUUUUGCUUUACUCGAUUAAGAAGUCUAGGUAGCCAAGCCAAACGUAAGGCUUUUAACAUGAGCAUAAGAAUUCCUCCCUUUCCGUAGUCUUGAUAUAAACAUUCUCUUUUGGUUUUGUCCUUAUUGUUCUUCCAAAGGAAGUGGGAAGCCACCCACUGGCAGAAAAAGUAAAACUGAUAAAGCUAAAUGAAACUGCCCAAACCACCCACUGGCUAGAACAAAUAAUGUCAAUCGGAUCUGCGUAAACCACCCACUGGCUAGAACAAAUAAUGCCAAUAGAAUCGACUUAAGCCAUCCACUGGCUACGUGCAAGCCACCUGGUUGCCCGUCUGCCAUUUGACACAUAAUCCUUCAAGCUUAGGCGCAAAAGAUUGCAAAACUUUUCUAAAGGCCAAAAUCUCACCCGUAGUGGAACUUUCCUUUGCUAAAUCAGCCGACCAAACACCUUGCGUGGCCACCUGGGGCCCAAGUUCAACAAUGUGACCGCCAUAUCCGGUGUCACUAGCAUCCGAAUAUGCAACUCUGACUGCACUGGAUUUAAACCAAAUACGACAGCCAUUGAGAUGAUCUAAAUUGGUUUGCAAAAAACUAAUUCCUCCACGACCGAGUCUUCCAGAUAAAAAUUAGAAAACCAGGAAUUCUAGCCGAAAUCUGGGCCUACAUGGCACGAAACAGUAAACGCGCAACGUCUCCAAUAGCCAAAAACAUAGAGUUCAACUGACCAGCAACGAUAGCUAGAUCCUUAGCGUUAACAAGACGCUGAGCAAGGAUACGCAAAAUACUCUCCCGCAACUUCGUAAUCUUCGGAAGAGGAACGGUGAUGAAAUUAAGACUAAAAUCUAGAUGGAAACCAAGCCAGGUACCGACUUGAGACGGCUCCCACACUGAUUUUUGAAGGUUCACAAAAACAGCCACAGAGUCCAAAUCAGAACGGCAUAAACGACUAUGGACAAGGCAACUUGCGUAAUCGGGGCUCCCGCCAAUACCGUCGUCCAAAAAAUUAACAACACGACGCCCAAGACAGCGCCAGUAAUUAACGAGCGAACGCACUAAUUUACUGAAAUUUCGACGUGAUGGUAACUAGAUUUGAGAUCAAAGGUGGAGAUAAAAUAGCCUGAUUGAAACAAAUCAAACAUAGUGCGACUAUCUUCGAACCGAACAGACUGCUUCCAAAUGAAUCUGUUUAAGUACGAAAGAUCCAAAAUAAGCCUGCAUUUCCCACUGGACUGCUGCACCAAGUGCAGAGGACUGAUAAACUUGGGAGGAUUAAGAACUUCCUUAACACAACCACGCUCAAUUAACUCUGAAAUGGCCUCAUUAACAAGAUCUUUAAACUUGAAGGCCGAAGAUCUGUUGGAAUAAUAUAAUUCUCAGGCAAAUCAAAGAAAGGAAUUCUGUAGCCUUCAACAAUAGUGUUAAUGAUAAAGUCGGAGGCACGAAUGGAAUUGGACCAAAAAUCAACCAACUAUAGUAAACAAACAAGAAUCUGAAGACUUUUUAAAAUCAAAGGCACGCUUGGUUGACGUAUCUGAUCUUCCUGAAGAAAUGAGAUUGGGGCAGUUGUUUCUCCAGUGUCCUUCCCGAUCUACAAGCGAAGCAGGUUCCUCUCCUAAACUGAGAUCUGGACAGAAAUGCGGCUUGUCGAAACUGAAAGGGCUAUCAAAAGGACUUGACAGCGUCGUCAGCGCCGAGGCGUGAAUUAGAAAAAUGAGAAAAAGAAGCAUGAUUAGAUUUGUAAUUAGCAGAACCCGUUUUUACCCGCGAUUUCUCUGUUUUAGAGUCAAGGGCCUUCUUUGCCCAUUUUCAGCUUUAGAAAUACGAAGUUCGUCUUCAGGAGUAUCCGCCAAGUCGUCAGUAACGUAAGCCGAAACCGUAGCCCAACCACACUCGGAUCGAUCGGCCAGCUUAAUUAAUUUUUGACGUUCAGACAAAAGCUUCUUACCCUCUUCCAGCUCUUUUUUUCGCCUUAUCUAGCUUCUUGUUCUCAAUGGCGGAGAUGGCUGAAUCAAAUCUGGCUUCCACCGACUGGUUAAACUUGAAGUGCUUCUCGUUUCCCACUUUCUUCCACUUAUGGAAUGAUCUUCUUUGACUUUUUUAACGACAGAUCUUACGCAGUCCUCUUGAUCUUCAGAAACAGAUCUCUUGAGCUCUUGUAAUUUCGAAUCAACACGUUCUAAGAUCGCGUCUUGAGAUUUCUCUAAAAGCUCGACAAGUUCCUCCUUGUUCAUAGUGAGUGACCCUAACGCUGGAACAGCAAGACCCAGAUGAAAGACAAAACCAGUACACCCAAAUAUAUACCCCCUCUAAUUACCCACUUACCAGCGCACAUGCCUAAACAAACGUAAGAUACCGAUGAGAGCAUAUUUUCCUGCUAAUUACCAAGUCAAACGCAGGAAAACAGUAUUCUCGGUUUUAGGAAAUUAAUGUUCAACUUACCAUUCACACACAAAGAAAGAGGUUGAAGUCGAAGAACGUGAUCACGUGCAUGACAUCUCCACGAAAACGAGACUAAAGAAAAUGAAAACGAGUCCAAAGGAAUCCAGUUUCCUGCGGCCGAGAUGCCCCUGAUAAAUUAAUAGGGGCGGCCAAUCGGCAGUCCCCCGCCGGAACGCCGGAAGAUAGCUCGAAAAUUUCUGCCUUUGGGCCACAGGAACACCAGAUAAGGAUGCGAUCUGACGAACGCGAUGAUUGACGGAAAAGAAAAACCGAAAGUCCCUUCGAGGUUAGCCAUAUGCGCAGCGCGAUGCAAAGAAUUUUGCUUGUAAUUUAAUGUCUUUUAAGAAUUAAAAACCUCAAAAGGCUGUCAUUGUAUGAGCAAGUUGCAUUGAUGGAACUUAACACGGAAAGGCAUGAACAUAGUUGUUUAUUCAAUCUUGAACACCUGUGAGAGAUAUCAGAAUAGCGGUAGCUCGUUCUUGUAUCCCGAGAACAAACUCCAGAGAAGGCUUCAGUUUUAGGAGGUUAAAGAAGAGUCAGUUUGUUCUCAAUUCCAAAAAAUUAAGACGAGUAAGGCGGUUGGAAUUGAUGAACUUCCAGCACGACUUCUAAAGGACUUAUCGGGGGUUGGCGCGAAACCACUUACCACUCUGAGUAAUUUAUCAUUAUUUUCUGAAACAAAAAAGUGACCACCGGAAUCGCAGGCGCGUUUGUUAUUUGGCAGUUAUUGGAUCGGCUUUCGUAUGAUCGGAACAGUAACGCAGGUCUGGUCAAUUAGGGGGAUAACACCUUCCGAUAUCUGAAUAAUUCUUUAGAUCAUACGAAAGCCGAAUCCAACAAAUUGAAAUUCGGCGACUGAGGAUGGAGGUCAGAUCCCCUAAAAAUGAAUUCCAUUUUAAACAUAAAUUCUUUGAGUCACGCUAACUUUUAAUAAUGCUCUUAACAAAAUGAAUUUUAAAUUUUUAUGACCUUUUAACUUAAUCGUGAGAAACAAACCAUAUAAUUUUCUCUUUAGAUCAAAUCAGAGAACAGACGGAAACAAUCAGCAAGAAGAUAACUGAGGAAGGAGGUCAGUUCCGAAUGCUAAUUGCAAAUUCCGUAACUUGGACACUCUUUCUUUUGAUUACUAUGUAUUGCCAUAAAAUUCCAUUCAAUCAGCUUUUACUAAUAUGAUCACGUGUAUGGAGAAGACAGCCCCUUAGAGCGUUAAAAAUUCUUUGAAGUAACAUAACUUUAAAUGGGCGUCUGGAAAGCCAGGAAACCGGAGUUGGGAAAAGUAGCAGGAAUAAGAAAAAGAACCAGAACGCGCUGGGAACCGGAGCGGGAACCCAAAUAGAACACAGAAUAGCAAUUGGAACCGAUAAAAAUGUAAGACGAGAGACGUCAUGUAUCUUAAGCUUUGGAAAUUUUUUCGAACAUUUAUUUUACAGAAAAAAGUCGCUGGGUGCCCCUGAUUAAGGAAAUGUUAAAGGAAACGAUUUGCAUGGAGGAUUUUUGUGGAAACAACGAAUCAAAAUUGUUAUAACGCUGUGUUGAACUCAGAAUAGCCCAAAAGAAUCAUCCCGUGUUUUAUCGCCCUUAGCCUCAAACCUACCCUCCCUGUAACUCUAUAAUGUCACAAACAGGAUGGAGGAGAUAGUACAUAUAUUUUCAGUGUCAGACAACGUGUGAAAGAGACGCCCAGAGGUGAUGGAUUGCCAUAAACCUUCAGGAUUGUCGGAUAUAUUCUGUUUAUCGUACUAAAACGUGAAAUGGAAACGCAAGUGUCACGAGUUAAAAGUGUAGAAAGGUUAAUUAGAUUCACUUCCAAAUUAAUACGCUUGUAUCUUGCCACCCUGAAAAUCUUAAGGAGGCUACAUGUCACCUGAGCUGCCAUCUCAGCCGCAUGUUAUAAUUCAUCCACAAUGCAAAUAAAUAGCUAAUCAAAGAAAGACUAUCGUCAACUCGUGGGUACGUUGUUUAGAAAAUAAUCAAUUAGUUAUCACCUCUGGUUUUCCCACAGUGAAUUUUAGGAAAUGAUAGAAAUUCAGAUUAUAAAUAUACUAUCCUUGUUCUGGAAACACAAUACUUUUCUUGCUUAUUAUUGUACUUUAGUAACAGUCAUUUAAGUAUAUAUUUAAAAAUAAAAAAAAGGUAAACAAAUCAGCAAACAAGACAAAACAAAAAAGAAACAAAAAAGGAAGAACGGAAAAAGGUCUUUAGCAGAAUUUGAACCCAGAACCUUCGGGUUGACCCGACCUCACACAUCUAGUAUUUUAAAAAGCGUACCCGUGAGUCAAGAUUCUAAAGAAUAUGCUUGAUGCAAGUGCGGAGAAUUUGUCCACAACAAUACGAAAACCUUUCUUUAGAAUCGCUUGGCAUUUCUGAACAAACACUAAAUACUCUGCUAAGGUUUCGUUGAUAAUUUCUGUGGAUAUUCAUCGGGAGUUGACUUAGUGUGUCAGAACUUGAAUAUUGAAUAUUAGUGUCGAAAACAUUGAGAUUUCACUCUAUGCCCAAGCUCGACAGUCGCUUCUACUUUUAACCCAAGGCAAUAUUUAUAAUCGCUUGACAUUUCUAAACAAAUAUCUUAUGUUCUUAGAGGAAUUAAACGAGCCAUUUCGAGAAAAUUGGUCAAAAUUUCUGACUGCCGGGUAUCUAGUUUUUUGAACACGAGCAAGAACAAGCUAAGAACAUAUGCGAUACAAAGCCGACAUAACUCCUCCGGAGAAGUAGGACGCAAAACAUUAGCUCGUGUUUUCUUAUCUCGAUUUCCGCUGUUAUUUUAAAGGUAAUGCUCAAACUCGCAUCCAUUUCCCCCCGUGAUCUUGGGGAGUCCUUAAGAAGAAGAAGAAGAAGUGCCUUUAUUUACCAUACAUUUCACCAGUCCGUAUUUUAUACCGAUUCGCAGUCCGUUGUCCGCAGUUUGAAAGAUCCCUUCGUGUCUUAAAUUUGGUAAGACCUCUAUCCUAACCGUGCUGUAGCGCACGAUGCACGCUCUCAGCGAGGAAUUUGAUGCUACCGAACUUCGGCGAGCGCGUGCUUCUUUGGAAACGACAGAUCUUCGCGCUCUCGAGUUCGGACCCGAUUAAUUACGAAGUGCGUCUACUACGAGUCAGCGAGUGACUCAUUUGCAUAUCUCUGUCCCUGCAAUAACUCGUGGUACGCUCGCGCGUACCCACGAGUUAAAAGGGUUGGAAUCAUCUACCAUAGGGUAGUUUAAGAUUUUCUCAAGUACCCCAUUCGUCUCACAAGUACCUGUUCCCUUACUCUAUUCAAAACUUAUGAUAAUAGUAUAUCUCAAAUCACAUCCCCUUCUUUUAAAAUCCAACAUGCCAGCGCGGGGGUAGCUUUUUUUACUUACAUGUGUGGUUAAAAAAUUUGGGUAUAUAGAAAACGAACUGAGGACCAGCUGAAAAUCACUUGAAAUUAAAAAAAAAAACAUCGUGAGGUGAAAUGGAGGCGCCGUCGUCUCUAUCUGAAGGCUAAGAGAGGGCUAGAGGCUAGUAAAGAAGUGGUGUCCCUGCGGUCGAUUCUUUUCUUAUCAACUCUUGGUCACUAUUGCUACCUGUUUUUAUUGAGUUAUUAACUGAAAAAAAAGACACCAGAAGAGGGGUGCCCUUCUGGAAGGAAGGAGAAUAGUUCAGAUGGUGUGUUGUACCAUCUUGGAGUAAGCAAUCCGGACCUAUUGCCAAGGAGGGCUAUCCCACAUACUGUGGGGUAAAGUGUAGCCCAGGUGCACUGCCCCGCCACCAAUGAAUAAGUAACAAAGUAAAAUAUACAAACAGCUAGAAUUUAAUUGGUGGAUAUUAUAUCAAGCUAAUUUUUUAUAAUGGUGGCAACUUAAUGAACAAGAUAAUGUAACAAUCGAGGAAACAAAAUAACCAAGUAAAAUAUAAUAAAAUGAAAUAGCGUAGGACAGAAAUGAAAUAGAAACAGGCAGGCAUAGCGAUUAAUGGAGACAAAGCUUCCAGUUGGGUAGGAGGGCGGGAAAAAUACAAUAUGCAAGUCUAGGUUCUUGUUUGAAGAGUAAAGCUGAAAUGUGGCUAGCAAGUGGUAUGAGGGAGUUUAUAUAGGGAAAGUCAGGUGAGAAUCAUGUGAUGCUGUGGAAAAUUACUGGGAGCUUUGGCAAACAAUUUAAUAUUGUAAAAAUAAAAGUAACUUUAUGCUAAGCAAUGAGUUAUUGACUGUUGCACGAGCCUUGACUGCAAGGGUGAGGGGAGUAGACAACAAUGGGGACAAGUGAGGAAAGAACUAGUACUGCCUUAGGGCUCAUUAACCCCAGUUUCUUAGCAGAAGGAAGAAAAAAGACGAAAUAAACGAUAAUAUACCUUUAAACCCUAUACCUGUUGCUAUAUAUUCCCAUUCCCGUUCUGAAUUCCGAAUGUCUGUUUCCUGGUUUUCCAGACAUCCACUUUAAAUUGUCCUCAAUAAUAGGUAUGCGCCGAAAGUUUAAUUCUGUUAAGUAUAUCCUCCCUGACAGAUAGAACAAGAAAAGACUUCAAGCAGAUGAAAAGCGACAUAGAGACUCUGAAGACUUUGGUUUCUGCGACCAAAGAGGAAGGUGAGUUUCCCCACACUGUAGCCCGCUGGAAAUUUAAAGUAUCCGUCUAAAAGAACUCUUAAAAGCGGGUAUUGCUGAUGGAUCAGUGAUCGUUUGUCUUACAAGUGUUUCUCUCGUGCCCUUGGAUCCCAAAACAACAGUUUUGUAUCCAAGGAGGACCCAAAGUGCUAAAACUUAUUCAUUUGCCAUCAAUUAACAUUGUAGUUCUCUCAGCGAGAGGGAUGAAGCAUGAACUAGAAACAAACACCCGAGACUGUGUAAUAUAGUCCUCUAUUUUCCGGUAAGAUCAUGGCGUUGCAGCCGCCUAUACCAGUGGCCUGCGAGGCAGGCCUUAAACGGGGAGGGGGAGAGGAAGAAAAUCGCGUCCCUCCCGGAGGGAAAAAAAAGGGCCUUUUCCCCUUCCUUCCAAUGACCUACUCAUUUCAGUGCCUGCUACGUAGGUUACCUACUUAUGGUGGCCAUAUUGGUUUCAAGUGUACCGAGGUGUCGUCUAACAUUUUAAAAAAAAAUUUCGGCAAGUCUUUAGUUUUGCGUCACGGUCCCAUCUGGGCAACUGUAGGUACCAGUUGAAACAAGACGCUACGGAGCGUACACUUCGGCGUCGUGGAAGUGGAACUGAUUAAUUGUAAAUGCGGUGGAAUAGUACGAAAUGAAAUAUGGUAAGAGUAAGGUGUUAAUUUGUGAAAUUAUGGGGUUUGUCAGGAUAUUCUGAAAAGAGCAACAUCCAAGAGGGCUACUUGCCAAAAAAUAGCAUUUCGGACGAAUUGUCUCUGAGAUACUAGCCCGGGUAUGCUCUGAUGACUGCAUACAAAUCCUUCUAAAUUUGACUUGGGUCUAAACGUUUAGACCUAAGUCAAAUAUGAGGUUACUGGCGGUGAAUAACAAGUCUAACAAAACAAACAGUGAUAAAAGGCUUCUCUAUUUUUGUUAGUCACAUCAGGCUUCAAAAACAGCAUAGCAGUCUCAUGUACUGAUUAAAGAUAUGUAAGGCAUGGGUAAGGAGUCAAUUACGUUGAGCCUGGAAUUGGCUAAAACUCAAUGUUCCGAGUUCGAAUGUUUUGAGGAUAAUUAUUCACUGACUAUCAGCACGCGGGUAUGUCGGAUUAACACAAGGAAGUUUAAUAUCAAAGGAACAUAGCCUUUACAGAGUUUUAAAACACAGCAUCCACCAACACAAACUUGACUUGAACUUAAGCCUCUGCCAAUAUAACAAACUCUCACUUGAACUUCAGAUAUCUUUCGCCUUCCGGCAACUUGUAAACACAGAACUUGAAAAUCGACCUUCGUCACACUUGACUAAACACAGCAGUCCAGCUCGUGGGAAAAAACUUAGUUCGUCAAAAGAACUCGCUUAGAACUUGUAUACCGUUUGACAUAACGUUCUCGAAAAUACUAAACAGGCGAAUAGUGGUAGCUUUUCGACAUAUUUAUGAUUUCAGUGACUGAUGCAAAUCUGCUGACUCAUGCUGAAAUGUAAACAUGCCCUAAUUAAUUAUUCAUGAAUAAUCCAAAAAGGUAGAGAACGUUCGAGAAAGUCACGCGACGCAUGAAAGCAAUUUUACUACGUAACACUCAACAAAGACAAAAUGUCUUUGUGCAGCAUUUUGUAACUUUAAACUCAUCAUAAAACAGUUGGAAAGGAGGGUUCUCUCGUGAAAUGUUUUUUUAACACUCGAAGAGAAAUGCCGUGUCUCUGCGCGGCCACGUAAUAUCCUCUAUUUAUUCCUCGAGUAAAUUAAAGACUAAACUGGAAGUGAUCUCAAGAUAUCACGAAGUAGUUCGGUCUCAUUUCGUGAAAUAGCCGAAACAAGCCGAAACGUCACGAACUUGCACGCCCAAUCUUGUCCCGAAACUAGUGCAUUAUUUCAUUAUUUUUCAAAUCCCGAAGUACCCUGGUCGCAGUAGCGCAAUCAGCUAAUCCCUCAACUUAGAGUCUCCUUUGAUCUGACGGGUCACACAGGUGAGUCUGUUCAAAUCCCGGGAAAACCAAAAUGAUUACUCUUUCUUCCUCGAAAAAGUUAAAGAAUAAAUCUAAGAAAUCGAAGUGAUCUCGAGAUAUCUCGAACUAAUUCGGCUCUCACUUCGCCAAAUAGCCGAAUAAAACCGAAAACCCACAGACUUUGCGGGCCCAAUCUUGUCAAAAAAAGUCAACUUUGAUACAUUGCUGAGCGUCACGAAUCCUUUACUUCACGCUCAACCCAGUUUAAAAAAUAGAUGGUGGUUUAUCAACCACAUGGUAAAAAAGGGGACUGUGAGUUCUCAAACACCUUAACCUAAAGCUCAUAAGCAGUAGUCCAUUUUCCUUGUUUCCCGCAAAUUCAGUGGUCUGCUAAAAGGCUGCCGUUAAAUCAAAAAUAGGGCCUUUGGCAUCUUCCAUUUCUUAUUGAAUCCCUCCUCCUCCCCGCCCCCUCCACUAGUUUGGAAUGUUGUACACUUGCUUUCAAGGCGGUGUAGCUUGUUCCAGGCUCCGAGAUGGUCGGGUCCGCUGAUUUCGCGUGCCUUUUUCUUUCGCGUCUUCCCCACUAUCUGAGAGCCUGGAACAGGAUAAAGGCGUUGCAAAAUGCCUAAAUGAGUUAAUUAAUAAAAGCUGAGUUUUGUUUAUCAAAUCGCCUUUUUCAAGCAUGCUUCUACGUGUAGUUCUAUUCAUUUGUUUUACGGACUUGGAAAGUAGCAAACCAAACUGUUUAAGGCAAAUAUCUACAACAAAGCUUGGUUUUCAUUUAUUCGCAGCAGUUGGUUUGGUUGCCGAGCAUAUUGAAAUAAUUCGCCAGAACUACAAACGUCAUGAGGGAUGGCUCGCGCCCUUUCCUUGGUGCGAAGACUUUCAGUUUCAACUAAGCGAUAUUUAUACACGGCUUCGUAUGGUCAGUAGGGAGAAAAGAGCGAGAACAACAGCGGAGCAAAGAGUUGUUGAAACGACUGAAAUCUUCAAACCCCACGAUGAAUGCAAAAAACCUAGAAAAGUAUUGAUUGAAGGAAAGCCAGGUAUGGGGAAGACGACGUACUGCAAUAAGGUUGCUUACGACUGGGCUAUAAACAUAGACAACGAAGAAGACUGCUUUCCGGAAUUUGAGAUGGUGCUCUUGCUGAAAUGCCGUGAUGUCGAGAUCGAGUCCGAUCUUUGGGGAGCCAUUGACGAUCAGCUUUUGCCAGAUGAAAUUCAUCAAAAGGAAAGAGAGAAAUUCUUUGAGUUCAUUCGGCAAAAUCAAUCAAAGGUUCUACUGAUACUUGACGGAUUGGACGAGUUACCUUCGAGCAAACUGCCGGGGUUUACCGACGUCAUACAAGGUAAAAUGCUUCCUCUAUGUCACCUUGUGGUUACAGCGCGACACGAGGCAGGGAUACCUAUGAGAAAGGUUUGUGACACUCUGCUAGAGAUUGAAGGUUUCACUUAUCAAGAGAGCAAAGAAUUUAUUCACAAAUAUUUUGCCGGCAAGGAAGAUUUAGCCGAAAAGCUCUUGGAUAAAAUACAGAUUGAGAAAAGGCUUAAAGAGAUGACAGCGAACCCAUUAAACACUGCACUGCUUUGCCUUCUUUGUGAAGAUUUUCAAGGUAUUUUACCUGAAAGUAGAACUCAGUUGUAUUUGGAAAUAGUACAAUGUGUUCUUAUCAGAUACAGGACAAAGAAAGGUCUACCAGUCGAAAAUGAGGAUCUGAUUGAAAUCUACAAAGAUCAGUUGAAACUCCUUGGCUUGAUAGCUUUAAACGGCCUGUAUGAAGACAACAUGUACUUUCAGGACAAAAAGCUUUCAAGUGAAAAUGUCGACUUACCUGAAUUUGGCUUUCUGUCAGCUCAACCUGGAAGCAGCAAACGAAGACCGUGUAUGUAUUACGGUUUUACGCAUAAGAGUUUUCAAGAGUUCUUCGCGGGACAUUAUCUUUGUUGCCAACUUGUUAGCAAAGAAACCAAUCCAGAAAUAUUGGUCACUGACACAAGAUAUUUCGGAGCGCUGAGAGAGGUAUUGAAAUUUACCUGUGGUCUGCUUGCAGUGACAUCUGAAGAAAGUGCCGUAGCCCUUAUUAACUGCAUAGCGAAUGAGGUAAACAAAGUUGAUGCGGGAACGGAACGUUUACUUGUUGCAGUUGAGUGCAUUAAAGAAUGCAAAAUUGAAAGCAGUGAUUUUCAUAUAGAACUGGCACGUACCAUUGGCGCAUGUCUGGCACUUCAACAGUGGGAGAUCAAACGUAAAGGUCUAGGUGACGCUGCUACUGCUGUGAUUGCUGCCGUGCUUAAAGCAAACACAACUCUGACGAAUUUGAGUUUUUCAGGUAAUAACCUUGGUUCUGCCGGUGCGGAGUCACUUGCUACAGCGCUAAAAACAAACACAACUCUGACAAAUUUGGAUUUGUCUGGCAAUAACCUUGGUCCUGCCGGUGUGGAGUCACUUGCUACAGCGCUAAAAACAAACACAACUCUGACAAAUUUGGAUUUGUCUGGCAAUAACCUUGGUCCUGCCGGUGUGGAGUCACUUGCUACAGCGCUAGAAACAAACACAACUCUGACAAAUUUGGAUUUGUCUGGCAAUAACCUUGGUCCUGCCGGUGUGGAGUCACUUGCUACAGCGCUAGAAACAAACACAACUCUGACAAAUUUGGAUUUGUCUGGCAAUAGCCUUGGUCCUGCCGGUGCGGAGUCACUUGCUACAGCGCUAAAAACAAACACAACUCUGGCAAAUUUGUCUUUGAACGGAAAUAACCUUGGUCCUGCAGCUGCCGGUGCGGAGUUACUUGCUACAACGCUAAAAACAAACACAACUCUGACACAUUUGGUUUUGACACGAAAUACCCUUGGUUCUGCCGGUGCGGAGUCACUUGCUACAGCGCUAAAAACAAACACAACUCUGACAAAUUUGGAUUUGGCUCACAAUGGAAUUGGUCGUGCCGGUGCGGAGUCACUUGCUACAGCGCUAAAAACAAACACAACUCUGACAAAUUUGAGUUUGUCCCGAAAUAGGCUUCGUCCUGCCGGUGCGGAGUCACUUGCUACAGCGCUAGAAACAAACAGAACUCUGACAAAUUUGGAUUUGUCCCAAACUGACGUUGGUCCUGCCGGUGCUAAGUCACUUGCUACAGCGCUAGAAACAAACACAACUCUGGCAAAUUUGCAUCUGUAUGGCAGUAACAUUGGUCCUGCUGGUGCUGAGUCACUUGCUACAGCGCUAAAAACAAACACAACCCUGACAAAUUUGGAUUUGGGUUUGAAUGACCUUCGUCCUGCCGGUGCGGAGUCACUUGCUACAGCGCUAAAAACAAACACAACUCUGACAAAGUUGUAUUUGGCUUACAAUAGCAUUGGUCCUGCCGGUGCGGAGUCACUUGCUACAGCGCUAAAAACAAACACAACUCUGACAAAUUUGGAUUUGGGUUUGAAUGACCUUCGUCCUGAAGGGGCGGAGUCACUUGCUACAGCACUAAAAACAAACACAACUCUGACAAAGUUGUAUUUGGCUUACAAUAGCAUUGGUCCUGCCGGUGCGGAGUCACUUGCUACAGCGCUGAAAACAAACACAACUCUGACAAAUUUGGAUUUGUCCCAAACUGACGUUGGUCCUGCCGGUGCGGAGUCACUUGUUACAGCGCUAAAAACAAACGCAACUCUGACAAAUCUAAAAUACUAA